AUGAACUCGAUGGAAAAUAGUGUUUCUUCACAGGACAUGGAAGGCGAAUUUGAGGUAAGUUUUUGAACUUUUUCAUUCGAUUUUUAGGUUUAAAACGGUUUAUUUUGAACAAAACUAAAUGGUAAAUGCAAAAAUGUCCUAUGAGACUAAAAUUUGUAAAAGAAACUAUGCUAUGAUCUAAAUUUGUUUAAAACGUUUGUGGUUCUAAUGAAUAAAGACUUGUCGGUUUUUUGAUAUGCAUCUCUUAUUAUUUUUAGCUACUAGACGUAAAGAAAGCGAUGGGGAACAACCAUGCCAGCUUGGCCACACCUUAUAUGACGUCCGAGGCUUCUAACUAUCAGUUGAGAGCGAUUGUCAAGUUAAUUGAAUCAAAUUUGGCUCAAGAGAAGGGUAUGUUUUGAAGCUUUGCUUGUGCUUCUUCGAAUUUAGAUUCAAAAUGGACUUAUUAUUGUUUAGGGGUUUAUGCAUCUGCUACAUAAAACAUCUUCUUCUUAACGUAUUUUGUUUUUGACACCUAAAAGUAUUAUUUUUUAUAGGUUUACUUCAAUCAUAUCGGUAAAUCAACUUUAACUCAUUGGUAGAUCAACUUUUAUGUCUAAUUUUCAGAUUCAAAAUCACCAGAACAAAUAAAGCAUGAAAUCGAAAACUUGACAAUCAAAUCAACAAAGGAAAGAAUGAUAAACGAGCAGUUAAAGGCCGAGAUCCAAACUAUUAUACAACAAAAUGGCAAUGUGGUCAAUCAGAUCAAAAACGACCGACGAAAAAUUGAUGGACAUUGUGAAAAAGUGAAUGGAGAAUUCUAUGCCAAAGAAUAUAAACACAAAUUGGCUGGAGCGUAAGUUCUGUCAUUUUUAAAGUAUUUUAAACAGGUUUUGCGACCUAUGGGUUCAAAAUGACAUUCUUUGUUUUAAAGUAAUGUUAACUCAUAUUUUUAAAUGUUUUAACCGGAUUUAUACUUAAUAUUUCAUUUUCAGUGAAUUGGAUGUUAUGCUGGAACAUGAAAAGUCGAAGAACGAAAACUUGAAAGCUAGGCAAGAGUUUUUACAGAAGAGAUUAGAAGCGUUGAAGAAACAGAAGCCGGUUUGA